AUGCUGGAUAGUCCUGUGGAGGGUGGGAAUGAUCACCUUAGCUUCAACAAGACAUUAUUCAGCAAGCCACCUCCACCAUUCGAAGGGCCGGGGAGGUAUGCUCCUGGUUUGGCUUUUCCUGUUCCAAGUGGUGGGGUCGGUGGCGGAGCUCAGGGCAGCCGAGCUAUGUUAUCUGCGCUGAAGGCCUUGCAAGACAAGAUCAGUCGGUUGGAGGAAGAGCGCGGGGCGUUGAAACAAGAACUCUCGGAAGCCAAGCUCAGUGCACGGAAGCGAGAAGCUGAGCUUGCGUCGUCGGAGAAGAAAUUCGCGUAUGAACUGAAUCAAACGAAGGAGUCUGCGAGAGCGGCUUAUGAUGCUCUACGUUGCGAUCGUGAGGAGCUAAAGCUACAGCUGGUAAAAUCGGAAGAGAGAAGGAAAGCUACACAAUUCGAGCUCCAGCACUUCCAAGAGCUCACAAAGACAUUCUCAGCGAAGGCGGACGAUCUACAGGCCCAACUGCAGAUUUCCGAGUCGCACAGAACACGUCUAAAGGCUGAAAUGAAGGAGUCUGAAAGCGAGCACAAACGAUUAGUGAACGAGCUACAAACAGAGCUGACUCAGGUUCACCAGGAACAACAGGACGCAGUUGAAAAGAUUGAGCUGCUAGAAACCCAAUUUGAACGCGAAUCAAGCAACCAUGCUGAGAACAGAGAGCGGUUAAAGGACUCCGAGCAAACGGUGGCGUCAAUCUCUCAGCUGAACGAGAAGCUGGUUGCCAAAGUGAUGGAGGCUACUGAAACCGCGAACCAGGCCAUCAAGAGAAACAAAAAGCUCCAGCAACAAAUACGACCGUCUACUCUUCUUAAACCGACAGCCGCGAGUCGUGCUAGUGCAGCAGCAGUGAAUGAAGCAGCUUCAAGAAGAGCAGGAAGCUCCGCAGCAGCCCAGGGUAAUCCGUCUGCGCGAACUCUCAAGAAGAAGAAGAAGACGUCGACAGGAACUGCGUCAGGCACUCAAUCCGUGACGAAAAAGCCGAAAAAAGCGAAGGGUGUUAACAACAUGACGCUGCUACGUGAAGCAAACCUCGGCAAGGAUAUUCCUUUCUUGCUGGGGAACUCAGUCCAACCGUCAUUUUCAGUCAUUGGAAAUGUUCAGGAUGCACUGCGACGGUGUGAUACGACGUACGUGAUGCCGACUCUUCUAGGUGAAGCCCCAACAACCCCAGGGUCUACUUCAAGUCCUCAAAAUACAGUGAAGAAGAUCCACAGCACAACAGAUAUUCAUGCAGAGACAACCAACCCGGUAGAAGAAGAAAGUGUACAGCAACUGCCACGCUCAGCUUCUCCACCAUCGGAUGAACCAGUUUCGGCGACCCCACAAGCGAGUACAGGUGGCUGUCGACGAAGCACCAAGCAUAAGCCACCAGCCAUCAAAGUGGCAACUCCGUCGCCAAAAUCGUACGCGAGCCCUAUGCAGUCUCAAAUUAUGGAGGAUCUCGCUGCUGCCGUCGACGCUGCUGAUAAGGAGUUUAAGAGCCUCAACAAGCGGUAUAAGGAUCUUGUCGUCCAGAUGGAAGCCAACAAUCGACGAGGGACUCCUGGAGCUGGAGAUGCUAAAGGCAACAACUCGUCAGCUCAGCUGUCUCAGGCUCUGGGCCCGCUGCUGGACGACCUGGAGGCCAAGGCGAAGCAGCUCAACCUGCUCAAACAGGUGUACCAGCAAGCAUCCAACAGCACCGUCAACCCCCCAAGACACGUCGUUCUCAGCCCCGAGGCGAUUCGACGCAAAACGGCGUCUCUCCGUCUAUUGAACGAGUUCCGUCAGCUAGAGAGCGACUCAAAGAACAAAGGCAGUGGCAGGUCGGCGUCCCCCUCCACUAAUAUGGGCUUCUUCCAUUGA